CGACUUACGUAAUGAGAGUGUUAAUAUCAAUUUUGUAUAUUCCAUCAAAAGGUUAAGAGAACCAUGUGUGAUUCAGCUAAAAAAAUGAAAGAUUCAAGUGUAAAGAACAAUGUGAAAAAUGAAUCAAUGGAUCAGUUUUGUCAAAAACAAAGUGCAGACAAAAAGGAAUCUAUAUUGAAAAGUACAAAUGAAGAUGUUCAACGUGCAAUUGAAGGUUUAAAGGAUAUACCAGAUGAAGAACUUCAAGAAUUUCUUGAUGAUGAAGAUUUUAUGGAAGGUUUAGAUGUCGUUGAUGCUUGGGAAGGUGAUGAAGAAAAGGGCCGUGACAUUGAACUUAAAACUACACAUGCCAAGGAUCCAGAACAAAAGCGUUCUUCUAGGGACAGACAUCGACGUGACCACAAAGGAUCUUACAAUCGUGAAAGGCCAAAGAGAGAAGACAAGAAACAUGAAGAACUACGUCGUGAUCCUUCUAAAAGCACAAAAGAUAUAGAGAGGGAUAAAAUACGUACAAAAAGAGAUAAUGAAAGCAAACUCUUAGCAGAGAAAGAAAAAGCUAUCAAGCAUUUGUUGGAUUCUGAUAAUGUUGUACCUCCAGGUACAGAAGCUGAAGCAAUUCAAAGCAUUACAGAAAAACAAAAUUUAGAACAAGCACAAAUGCAUAUUCGCAGAAGCCGAGAACGACGUAGAAGUUUAGAACGUCAAAGAGGAAAUUCAUUGCGACGUAGAACUCCCGAUAGAAUUAGACUAAAUUCUCCUCGACGAAAAUCUCCAUUAAUAUUAAGUCCAGAACGUUGUAGAAGUCCCUUCAAGAUAAACAGUGAAAGACAUCGAAGUCCAUUAAGGUUUAGUCCUGACAAGAGGAGAAGUCCAAGAUUUAACUGUGCUCGUAGAAGUCCAUUUGGAUUCAGUCCAGAACGACGAAGAAGUCCAGUUAGAAGACUUAGUUGGGAACGAAGAACAAGUACAGAUAGAAGAUGGAGUGCUGAACGACAUAGAAGACGUAUAAAUAUACAUGAACGCAGUGUGGAACGUCUUAGAAGAAAAGUCAGUCGCUCACCAGUUAGCAGACGUUACAGUCCGCGUCGUAGGAGUCGAACUCGAAGUAGAUCGUUGGAACGCCGAAGGAAGCGAUCACCCUUUAUUAAUGAACUUACAAGACAACUAAGAAAUGAAGCUAUAAUGACAACACAUAUGAAUACUGGAUAUGCACACCCUUCUUCUAUGGAUGGCAUAUCACCGCUAAUGAAUAAUGUGUAUCAACAAGAAACGGAACCUAGACCGCCAAUACCGAUACCGCCUUAUAUGCACCAACCUGGUUUAGCACCACCAAUGUCAUCAAGUGUAACAGCUGGUGGCCCACCAUUUAUAAAUUUUGAAAAUUCAUCUCAGACAAUGAAUUUCGAUUCUGUACCAUUACAUCCAUUACCUCAAACUGAGUACGUUUCUGGUCCAGUAAUGUAUAAUCAGCCAAACACUAGUUCAAUUCAGCCUACACAUCGACCAGCACUUCUUCCAGCACCAAUUUCUUCACCACAGCAUGAAUCUGCUACAUCUUCAGUGGAACAUGUACAAACAUAUAGUUCAUCGCAUGGUAUUUCUUCUACUCGUCAGUCCCCAAUACAGAAUUUUGAAUUACUAAAUAAAUCUAAGGAUACAAUCCCUCAAAACUACAGAGAUCGUAGAUUUACGGAUUCUUAUAAUGGAUACCACGUUUCACAAGAAGAACGAUUAAAGACUCCUGAACCACCAGUCAUCUCUGAUACAAAACAAUUUGAAAAAACAAGUUUGUCCAGUCUGUUGGAAGCAUCUGUUUCCGCUAAAGAUUCAACUAGUCUACCAGUUUUGUAUCCAGGAUUCAAACCUGAAAUAUUACGCCAUUGUGAACAUGCUCUACGCGAACUUCCUAUCGAAGAUCCUCGUUUAAAGAUGAAGGGGCGAUUUUUCUACGAUCCAAAGAAAAAAACUGUACAAAAUGAACAGGAUGUAUAUUCAUCAAAUUCUAUACUUUUGCAAAAAAGCAAAAGCAAAAUAUAUUGGGAAGAAGAAGAAGGACAACACCUAAGUACCAUAAAACAAAAUGUACAAAUGCAUCAAAAAAUUUGUCAAACUGAUGAAGUGGAGACAAGUACGAAAUUUAUUCAAGCAAGUGUUAUUAUGGUUGACUUUGAAGUACAGGUGAAUCCUCAAGAUUUAUAUGCCAUGAAAGAAGAAAAAAAACCCAUCAUGGAUCGCUUAGAUUGGAAUGUGCGUGAAACAUUUGAUUAUACGCCCAAAUUUCGAGAAGCUGAUGAUCUGAGAUGGAGUUUAAGUAAUUCUUCCCAAAAAAGAACUUGGAAUAGAACGGUAUCGCCCCCGAGAAGGAUCGAUGAGCGUGAACAUCGUGUAGAUUCUGUAUCUUCCUUAGAUCAUAAUUCAAGAAAUAUGAAAUUGGGAUCACCAGUAAGAAAUAGAGACAAUUUCUCCAGUCAUAAAGGAUCUUUACGGGAUCAUUAUGUUCGUGAAAGAUACUCGCCUAAUUAUAGGCAUUCUUUAGAAGAACGUGAUGAAUUUCAUGAAAAUAAAAGUGAUCACAGCCGCGGUGAAAGUCCAAUGAUGCUAGAAGAUUCUGCAGAAGAACUAGAAUUGGAACACACAUUCCAAAGAGGAACAGAUUGGCAUGGAAGAGGGAAGUUGUCAAGAGGUAAAUCAAGUCCUUUAAUGAAACCACAUCUGUACAGAGGAAAACAUUCAGGAGGAAGAUCUUAUCGUGGCCGUGGAAGUUUUCGUGGAAAAUUCUAA